UCUGGAGCCGGUGAUAAGAGCGGUUUAGCUAGGUUUUUGUGAGAUUGUGCGAACGUGGAGCAAUGGUCGAAAUGAGCUACCUGAGGAUAUUUUUGGCAGUGUUCGCCCUCGGCUGCAUCGGUACGAUUGAUGGCGAGGAGACGGGCGGGCUGGGACAGUCGGCAGAAGUGGCCCAGCAACCGGGACAGCAAUCGAUCGAGCCUAGUGCCGGUGCACCGUCCUCGGAAGUUACCGGCAGCGUGCAGGGCGAUGGCAAGCGAACGGCAAAGCGGCAUCUUUCGUUCGGCUUUGGUCAUGGGUACGGUGGAGGCGUUGGAUUUUCGGCCGGCGCUGGAUACGGAUCGGGCGCCAGCUUGGGCUACGGUUCGGGCGCCAGCCUGGGCUACGGUUCGGGCGCCAGCCUGGGCUACGGUUCGGGCGUUGGCGUUGGCUAUGGAUCGGGCCUCGGGUACGAUGGGUACGGCGGUGGAUACGGUAGCUACGGGUACGGUGGCGGUUACGGUGGUUCCCUGGCCCGGUUCCGCGGCUUUGGCGGUUACGGUGCAUCGUACGGUGCGAGCUAUGGCGGUGGAUACGGUGGGUAUGGCGGUGCGGGAGGCGCCUUCCACGGGUUCCACGCGCACUACGGCAAACCGAUCGUGACGGCCACGAUCAAGGAGCACAUCCCGAUCGCCAUCCCGAAACCGUACCCGGUGUUUGUGAAGAAAACCGUCCCCGUCCCGAUACCGAUCCACAAGCCCGUCCCGUACCCGGUGAUCGUGAAGAAAACGGUCCCGGUGCCGAUCGUCGUGUCGCACCCGGUACCGGUCCCGAUCACGAAGCACGUCCCCGUGCCCGUCCCGCAGCCCUACCCGGUGUCCGUGCCGCAUCCCGUGCCGGUGAAGGUACCGACGCCCGUCGUCGUGACGAAGCCGGUCGUUGCGUACUCCCCGAUCGUUAGUACACCGAUCGUGAGCACGCCGAUCGUGAGCACGCCGAUCGUGAGUGCACCGAUCGUCAGCACGCCGAUCGUUACGAGCGCCGGUCACAUUUCCGUCAGCGAUCAUGGGCUGCACCAGACGCACCACUCGCACCACAGCCAGUACGGUGCCGGUGCGUACAAGGCGUACUCGGCCGGAUCGGCUGGACUGUACGCGGGCAGCACGGGACAACACUACGGCAGUGUGGGUGGCCACUUCGGGGGCAAUCUGUACGGCAGCCUGGGAUCGGCCGGCGCUACACACUACGGUGCGACGGCGGGACACUACGGAGCGGCGCACUAUGGAGCCGGCACCGGUCACUAUGCGUCCGGGGCGCUGACCAGCGGAGUCCUGUGCGAUCACUAAGAGGAAGUUCGCUCAGUAGCAUGUAGUUUCCCUCCGUUCUAGUUGUGUAGUCAUUUAUGAAAUGUUCAUCGUUCAGGAGCGGCAGCAACUUCGAACACGUUUUGCAACUCACGCACACUCUCGCGCUCGCUCGCUUUAUUGUCAUCAGGCAAUGUUCAAUGUAGAUUAAAUGUUAAAUAAAAAUAGA